AUGGAUCAUUUGGAGCCGGAGAGCAAAUUAAAUGAUGUAAGAGGUUCGGAACAAGACGAAAAAAUCAUAAAGGACAGUAAAAGUGAUCGUGAAGAUAAUGACGACGAUAUCCAGUUUACCGACGCAGAAAAUGGAGAAGUAAAAUUAUCGUCGGAAGACAGUCUAACGAAAGUAACAAACAAAGAUAGCGUGAAUAUAACCUCGGAUUCCAAAACCUUGGAGUCAGCAGAUGACGACGACAAAAACAAAAAAGUAAAAUUUUCAGAUAUUGAUAUGGGACUUGGAUUAAACACUCUGUUAUCAACAAAACAAAGG